AUGGUCUUCAUCUUCUGCUGGCUCACCCUCGUCUACUGCCCCCUCACCUUCUGGGUCUGGUGCUCCAACGGCUGGGCCUUCAAGUGGGGUGUCUUUGAUUACGCCGGUGGCGGCCCCGUCGAGAUCGGCUCCGGUCUUUCUGCCCUCGCUUACUCUUGGGUCCUCGGCCGCCGCAACGAGCGCAUGAUGAUGAACUUCCGCCCUCACAACAUCUCCCUCAUCACCCUCGGUACCUGCUUCCUCUGGCUCGGCUGGCUCGGCUUCAACGGCGGUUCCGCCUUUGGUGCUAACCUCCGUGCUGCCAUGGCCUGCUGGAACACUUGCUUGACCGCCAUGUUUGCCGCCAUGACCUGGUGCCUUCUCGAUUUCCGCCUGGCCAAGAAGUGGUCCAUGGUUGGCUGGUGCUCCGGCUGUAUCUCCGGUCUUGUCGCCGCCACCCCCGCCUCCGGCUUCAUCACCCCCUGGGCCUCUCUCGUCCUUGGCAUCGUUGCUGGUGUUGCUUGCAACUUUGGCACUAAGAUCAAGUUCAUGGUCCGAAUCGACGAUUCCCUCGAUGUCUUCGCUGAGCACGCCAUCGGUGGCAUUGUCGGCCUCAUCUUCAACGCCUUCUUCGCCGUCGACUGGGUCAUUGGCCUCGACGGUGUCAACACCGAGGUCACCGGCGGUUUCCUCAACAAGAACUGGAAGCAGCUCUACAUCCAGAUUGCUUACAUCUUCGCCACCUCCGCUUACAGUUUCGUCAUGUCCGCCCUCAUCGCCAAGAUCAUCGACCUCAUUCCCGGCCUCAAGCUCCGCGCCAGCGAGGAGGCUGAGCUCCUCGGCCUCGAUGACGACCAGCACGGCGAGUUCUCCUACGACUACGUCGAGGUCCGCAGGGACUUCCUCGCCUGGUCUCCCCAGAAGACCGAGCAGAGCCCCAGCACCAAGAUUGUCCCCAUCCUCGGUGAAGCGGAACUCUCCAUCAUGCAGGCCCGAUCCAACAACCAGAGCCUCUCCUCCUCCCACGGCAAGCCUGAGGAGGAGCCCGAGCUGCCUCCCACCAAGACUGAGUGA